GAGAAGGCGGCCGGAAGUGCUUUUGCGAGGCGCCGCCGUCGUGAUGGCGCCGGAGAAGCCUUUGCGCCUGUUGGCCUGUGGAGAUGUAGAAGGAAAAUUUGGAGCUUUAUAUUCCAGAGUUCAAGCUGUUCAGAAGAAAAGUGGAGCAUUUGAUUUCCUUGUGUGUGUGGGAAACUUCUUUGGCUCUGCUCAAGAUUCAGAAUGGAAAGAUUAUCAAACAGGAGCAAAAAAAGCCCCUAUACAGACAUACGUGUUGGGUGCCAAUAAUGAUGAAACAGUGCGUUGUUUUCCUGAUGUCAGCGGAUGUGAACUAGCUGAGAACAUCACUUAUCUAGGGCGCAAAGGUGUCUUCAGUGGAGCUUCAGGACUUCAGAUUGCUUAUCUCAGUGGAGUUGAAUCCACAGAAGAUCCAGCUCCUGCACAUUGUUUUAGUACUAAGGAUGUGAUUGAUCUCAAGACUUCCUUGCAAUCCACCUCAAAAUUCAAAGGUGUGGACAUCUUGCUCACCUCUUGUUGGCCCAAGGGGGUAGAGAUCUUUGGCAACAGCCCAGGAGAUGUGAACUCUUUGAAAUGUGGUUCAGGGUUAGUAUCUAUACUGGCUGCAAAUUUAAAGCCCAGAUACCAUUUUGCUGGUCUUCAAAAAAUCAAUUAUGAAAGACUUCCUUAUAGAAACCAUGCUGUUCUUCAGGAAACUGCACAACAUGUCAGCAGAUUCAUCGCCCUGGCCGAUGUUGGCAACACUGAUAAAAGAAAGUAUCUCUAUGCGUUCAGCAUUCUUCCAAUGAAUUCAAUGGAUCCUGCAGAACUCAUCAAGCAGCCACAAGAUACCACCGAGAACCCAUACCGAAAACCUGGGGAUGGAGGAAGUUUUGUAUAUCAGUUACCAGAUGCAAAGGAGGAGCCUGCUAGCCAAUUUUUUUUCGAUUUAAGCAACAAGCCUAAAGGAAAGAAACGACCUAUGAAAGGAGAAGAGAGACGUCCACCUAAGCGGUCACCUUUCAAACCCCCAUUGCCAACAGCUGCCUGCUGGUUUUGCCUUGCCAGCCCAGAUGUUGAGAAGCAUUUAGUGGUGACCAUUGGCACUCAUUGCUAUCUUGCCCUUGCCAAAGGGGGCUUGUCACCUGAUCAUGUCCUUAUUUUGCCCAUUGGACACUAUCAGUCAAUGGUCGAACUUGCUUCAGAAGCAGUGGAAGAAUUUGAACAGUACAAGUCUGUGCUGAAAAAAUUCUUCAAAGCCAAAGGAAAAAGGUGUGUGAUUUAUGAAAGAAAUUAUAGAAGUCAACACCUCCAGCUCCAGGUUGUUCCUGUACCCCAGGCCUGUUGUGUUACUGAAGAUAUUAAGGAAGCCUUCAUAAGUCAAGCAGAGGAACGUCACAUUGAGUUGUUAGAGAUACCAGAACAUUCAGCUCUCAAACAAAUAAUUCAGCCAGGGACACCGUAUUUUUAUGUUGAGCUUGAUAAUGGAGAGAAACUCUUCCAUCGUAUUAGCAAAAACUUUCCCUUGCAGUUUGGAAGGGAGGUGCUGGCCAGUGAGGCCAUCCUUGGCAUGCCUGAGCGAUCAGACUGGAGAAGCUGCCAAACAGGACGGGACGAAGAAAUCGCUGCAGUCCAAGAUUUCCGUCAAGCCUUUGAGCCCUUUGAUUUUGCCCAAUCGGAUUGAGUAUCUGAAUGGAAGUGGGAAAGCUCUCUUGAAGAACAGAUUUCCUUUGAAGCUUCCUGUCAAGCCACAGGAAUUUUGUAGGGCUUGGAGUUCACUUUUCCUGCUGGCUAGGUCAUGAAGGAAUGCCUUUAAUCUGACGGGAACCAGUGCUUGAAGCACUGAAGAUUAUUUAUUUAUGAAAUCUUGCUGGUCUACAGUUUGGGCCUCAUUUUGUCUGCACUUAUUGGCCUGUGGCUUCCAGAAGGCCUUCAGAAGAGGCGCUCGCAAAAGAUUUUCUUUUGCAGCUGACACCUCUGUUCCAGCCAGUGAGUUUAAGAGCUAUGAAUCCUCCUAGAUUGGGGAAGUAGUUUAAAUCCUUUGAUAUUGAAGGUAGAUAUGCAGUGUGCAUCACACAGUACCCCAAGUUCUUGUGCUCUGGCAGUAAAUGACUGCUAUCCAGGUCAUGCACUAAAAGAGAAGAAUACAAUCUUUGAAAGCAGUGGAAGCCUCAACCCCCUGCUAUAUAAAUAGAGGAGGUGGUGAAAAGCUAGUGCUGGUUGCAAGCUGAUUGUGCAAAGGGAAAAACAUGCACAAGCAGGGUACAUGUUAACUGUGUUUUAGGAAAAUAAGGGAAGUCAGAUGUGCAAUGCAGAUAAGCAAUCACUGCUGAUUCAAACUUUCUGUUCAGCCUAAGUUUAGAUGUAAGGUGAUUGGGCUUUUAAAUAACUAUAUCUGUUGAGAGAGAGAGAUUGUGAAUCCUAAUGUCAAGCAAACUACUGUCUUAAUGAACAGCCUUGGAGAAUGGUUAAAAUAUUUUAAUGGUGGGGUCAAAUGAAUGUUUUUUAUGAGAAUGUGGUUUUUUUUAAUACGUGAAAAGCAGAUAAAAUAUUUUCCUGUCAACUUUUGGCUAGCGUUAUCAGCUAGGAAUAAAGUCAUCUAUAUGAGCUCAGUUAAAAUUUUCAAAAAGUCUGUUACUUUUGAGGAAGUGAUUAUGAUUUAUGAGGAAAUUAUAAGAUCAUAUACUAUAUUUCAGUAAUAGUGUCAUAUGGAGUCUGUUUCUUAUGGCUUAUUUGGAAUUUCUCAAAUGUGACAUACCAGCCUUUUAAUUAACUUACAUCUUUCUUAUUUUUAUUUUUUCAAUAAUUUCCUUGGACACCCUAUUCAGCCUAGGAAUCCAAAUUAAAGUUUCUCCAAUAAAUGGUGAUGUGGCCUUGUAGCAUCCAGUGAAGGAACCCUUCUUUCUAAUUAAUUGGUUUCAUUGUUGGACUGUUCCUACUGUUAGAGCAUUUUGCUAACAUUCAGGCAAAAUGGACCUAUAGGCAUUGGGGGCGAUACGGUCACAUUUCAAUUAAGAUAGAAGUUAAAAUGGUCUACUCACUGGUCUUCUCUGUUUCAUAUACGGCUACAAGACGUGGACAAUAGUGCUGAAAGAAGCAUACAGGUAUUCCUCAACUUAUAACAGUUCAUUUAGUGACCGUUUGAAGUUACAACAGCACUGAAAAAUGUGGCAUAUGACCAUUUUUCACACUUAACGACAAUUGCAGUAUCCCCAUGGUCACAUGAUCCAAAUUUAGAUAUUUGGCAACUGAUACAUUUUUGACGGUUGCAUGUCAUAAAUACGACCUGAUAAGCAGAAUCAGUUGAGAAGCCGGAUUCAUGUUACUAACUUAACACAACGAGUGAUCCACUUAACAACUGUGGCAAGAAAGGUCAUAAAAUGGGGCAAAAUUCACCUCACAACUGUCUCACUUAGCAACAGAAUUUUUGGACUCAAUUGUGGUCAUAAGUCGAGGACUACCUAUAUUCGUAUUCUUUAGACAGCCAAGAGGCCCAGGCAUUCAUGACUAUAGAAAAUCAAUUUGAAUGUCCAUUGGAAACGAGGAGGCUGAAACAAAACCCUUUGCACUUUGGGCACAUAGUGAUGCCUCUGGAAAAGAUAAAACAGGUAAUCCUCGAUUUACGACCACAAUUGAGCCCAAAAUUUCAGUUGUUAAGUGAGACAUUUAUUAAGUGAGUUUAAUUUAUUAAGCAUCCCUGGCCUGCUCUUGAGUUGCCAUAGGCAAGGGAGAUGGGAAACCAGCGAAGCAGCACGGCAGCCAAAAACAAAAGCACAUUCCAGACAUACCUCUCUCAAAGCUGUCUCCGAGGGUUAUCCACAGCAGCCAGAGGAGAGUGAUCUCUACAACCCAUGAAAUUGCUCCGAAUGUGACUGAUGACACACCCUGGGGGGAGGGGGAAACAGGGUCAAGAUUGGGCCAUAAAUUACAUGGGGUCAGAGUUGGCUUCACUUGGAAGUACUGACAUGAAUCUCCUAAUAAAUAACUGGAUUUCUUUUGAAGCUUGGCUUGAGGCUCAUGAUUUAAUUAGGGCAUCCGUGGGAACCCUGAUGCCAUUUUAUGAUCAUUCUUGCCACAGUUGUUAAGCGAAUCUAACCCGCUGUUAAGUGAAUCUGGCUUCCCCGUUGACUUUGUUUAUUAGAAGGUUGUAAAAAGUGAUCACAUGACGUUGAGACAGCAAUGGUCAUAAAUAUGAACCAGUUGCCAAGCAUCUUGAAUUUUGAUCAUAUAUGAGCACGAGGAUGCUACAAAGGUGGUAACUGGAAAAAACUUUUCCAUGCCAUUGUAACUUUGAAUGGUGACUAAAUGAACUGUUGUAAAUCGAGGAUUACCUGUAUUGGGCAAGAUGUAAGGAAAACAAGAGGUCAGAACAUUAGGUGACCAGAUGGAGUACAGAACAGGAAAUUACAGGAUUGCACCUCUAAUAAUUGUAUAAUGCAACAAAAAACAGGACAGUUUGGAGAACGUCUAUCCAUAGAGUCAGCUACAACUCACUGGGAUAUAAUAUACAACAUCCUUCCAGGAACUUGAAGAACGUUGCCAUAUUUCUCCUUUCUUUGCCUUUUCCCAAGACUAUUUAAUUCCAUCAAUCCUUCCUCAUAGUUUUGAGUCCCCAGUCAUUCUUGUUGCCCUUCUUCACAUCUUUUCCAGUUUAUUUGAAUUGUUACAGUGUGGUGCCUAAACCUAGACACAGUAUUCAAAGCGGGGUCUGAUAAGUGUAGAAUAAAAUAGAAUUACUUUCUGUUCUUUAUUUUCAGCAGGGAAAAAAAAAACAGCUGUACAGUUUGUUGUAAUAAUAGUCUAAUAAUUUGGCAAUGUUAUAAAAGCCUCGUAUCCAAUCUCAUGUAUAUACCUGCAGCACAAAGGAUGUGAUAGCAGGGGAUGGGCAGAUCCCACAAAUCAGAAAACUGCUCAUUGUUGAUGUUGUCAUACCAAAGGAAUAAAUUCUCUACAAUGUU